AUGAGUGUGUUGGCCAAGAUUGUUGGUAAUAAUACGAAAAAAUCUUCUAACUCUUCUAUUGCAAAUUUCGCUCUGCUGAAUAGAUUUGAUAUCAGAAUUAAUAUUUCUAGAUCUAUUCGUUCCAUUGAUGUGUUAUGGUCGUCUCCGCCGGUGGGAUGGAUAAAAAGAAACAUCGAUGGGGUGGCUACCGGUUCUCCCUCUAUUAGCUCUUGUGGGAGUAUUUUUCGAGAUCACAUGGGUGAUCAUCUUAGAAGCUUUUGCAAUUAUUUGGGGGAAGGGAAAGCGGAGAUGGCAGAGUUCUGCGCCGUUAUGGUGGCUAUUGAGAAAGUUCGUGAUUUCGAGUGGCAGAAGGGUUGGCUUGAAUCGGAUUGCAUCCUUGUUAUUAAUGCAUUCUUUAACUCUAACUUAGUGUUGUGGAUUAUUAAGACUCGCUGGCUUGAGUGCAGAUCGUACGCUUUCUAUUGA